UGAGAAGUCUGAGCAGGCUCAGUAACAGCUUAGGGACCAAAACCCGAACUGACUUGACUCAGCCCAUGAUCACCCCGCAUCCUCAACUGCCCCAGCAGGCCCCGGUGUGGACACCAACUGCCUCGCGCCCGCGAGUAGCCGCUAGGCGGAGCGCUGCUGCUUCGCCUUCCCCAAGCUGUAGGGCCGCGCCCCCGCCUUCGACGGGAGGAAGAAACUGGAACAACUCUCACAAAUGUUUGAGACUUCAGGAGUUGAGCCACCAAUUUUGUUUCAAGUGAAACUCAGUCACCUACAUUACUGACAACAGCUGGAAACCUGUUGUUUGGACGCUGAACUAUGACAUCAUGGCAAGAUUUCACAGAAGAACGUGCAUUAUUUUGUUGCUUUUUAUUUUAUUCAUUUGCUCCAUGAUGAUGGCUUUGAAGACUCUGAGACCUGACAGAGCUGGUUUUGGGGAUCCAUUUGGACUUGGUCUCUUACCGGAACUUCAACAACGGACAACACUCUUAGAAAAUAAACACAGUCCCCUAACUGCUGCCAAGGGGGAUAGUGUAACACACACCAAUAAUUUGCACACUAUUGCAUUGAAUAGCAUUAAAACAUCUAUGGCCUCUGUAAGAAAGUUGGAAGAGGAAUUGCCUUCCCCUAAUUAUAACUUUCAUGUGUUCUACUACAGCUGGUUUGGGAAUCCACAAUAUGAUGGUAAAUAUAUUCACUGGAACCAUCCACUGGUGCCACAUUGGGAUUCCAAAAUUGCAAACAAUUACCCAAAGGGAAGACACAAUCCUCCAGAUGAUAUUGCGUCCAGUUUUUACCCUGAACUUGGAACUUACAGCUCUAAAGACCCUUCUGUCAUAGAAGACCACAUGCAACAAAUGCGUUCAGCCUCUGUUGGUGUCAUAGCCCUUUCUUGGUACCCUCCUGGUAUGGCUGAUGAAAAUGGGGAACCUGGUGAAGAUUUGGUGCCUGUUAUUUUGGAUAAUGCACAUAAAUAUAAUCUAAAGGUCACUUUUCAUAUUGAGCCAUAUAAAGAUCGAGAUGAUCGCAGUAUGUACAGCAAUGUGAAGUACAUUGUAGACAAAUAUGGAGGCCAUCCAGCUUUUUACAGGCAUAAGACCAGCACAGGCAGAACCCUCCCCAUGUUUUAUGUUUAUGAUUCUUAUGUAACAAUCCCUGAAAUAUGGGCAAAUCUAUUAACUGUUUCUGGAUCCCAGAGCAUUCGCAAUACACCAUAUGAUGGAUUAUUCAUUGCACUUCUAGUGGAAGAAAAACAUAAACAUGAAAUCCACAGAAGUGGUUUUGAUGGAAUUUAUACAUACUUUGCCACCAAUGGUUUUUCUUAUGGCUCAUCUCAUCACAAUUGGCCAAGUCUAAAAGCCUUUUGUGACAGCAGCAACUUAAUGUUCAUUCCAAGUGUGGGACCAGGAUACAUUGACACCAGCAUCCGACCAUGGAAUAACCACAACACCCGCAACCGUGUUAAUGGGAAGUAUUAUGAGACUGCCUUCAGUGCAGCACUUUUGGUGCGACCAGAAAUUAUUUCCAUCACUUCUUUCAAUGAAUGGCAUGAAGGGACUCAGAUUGAAAAAGCUGUUCCUAAGAAAACUGGACAGGUAACUUACCUGGAUUACAAGCCUCAUAAACCAACUAUGUAUCUGGAGCUCACUCGCAAGUGGUCUGAGAAAUACAGUAAGGAAAAAGAACAAUGGCUUAUGUGAGGUGCCACUGCCCUUGUUUGUAAAUACAUUCAGUCCAUCUCAGAGGUGGAAAUGACGCUGGGAAUUCUAAUUCAGCCAAUCAAGAUGUCUUUUAUCAUAAAUAUACUUAAAAAAAAUAACCUUUGAAUGUAGUAUGCGCUAUUACUGUACCUGUUAGAAUUAACUUUGACUCCUUUUAGGGGCUAAAAUAAUAGUGAGCAAUAUUGCAUCUCUAGGCUAUUUUAAUUCGAGAAUAUUUUGUGAAAUGCUAGAUGCUUUUUAUUUAUAAUCUGUAUGUAAAGCUUACAGAAACUGUAUCUGGAAUAAUUCAGAGGUGACUCAAGUAGCGUGAGACAGAAUUUAGCAUAUUUACAUUUAUUACCUUUAGCUAUAAAGCCGUGUUUCAGAGUUGAAUACUACUGUGAUUAGAAUUUUGUCUCGAUAGUUCCUCAGAGGAUAAAUAUUUGUGGUGCAUGAAAUAAUAUAGCAAUUGUUAUAUCAUUUGUACACCUUGUAGCACGCGGAGAGUUUACUUUAACAUUUGAUUUGUCUGUGGUACAAACACUAAGAAUGGUGUGAAAUUGUUCUGAAAUUUACAGCUUUUAAAGCUUUUGGUUUCAAAAAUUGAUGCAAGGUUAUUUAACUCCAGAUUAGUCUUGUAUUUGGAUUUUGCAUUCUGUAUUUUUUUGUAACUAUGGAGUGUCAACAAAAUGCAUUGAGACCUUCUAACUAGAUUAAAAUUAAAGAAGGA